UACAUACAAAAUGUCGUUGAUGUCGCGAUCAAUAUUUAAUGUUUAACGCGCGAUCCACGAUCCGCGAUCCGCAUUUCAAAAUAUUUUAUGAUAUGGCGAUCCUGGAUCGCGUUUAAAUAUAAUGAAGUCGUCUUCAAUUGCAUCCCUACAAGCGGAUAUCUACUAGCAAACGUGUUAGCGACUUGUUAUUGUUCACAGAGAGUGGGAAAAAAAGUAUCACAUCGCCAUUUGAUGUUCAAUAGUUCUUUCGCUCUACCCAAUCGUUAUUAAGUCAUGUAGUUUCGUUCUAAGUUACCUUUUAUAUGCGUUUGUUAUUUUUUGGGUAACAGAAUGACAUACAUUGGUAAUCAAAUCUGUUUACAGUCUGUUGAAGCUACAUGCAUACAAAGUAUCUGGUUAAAUGAGUUUAGCCUCCCUCUACAUGUACACACCACUCUAUCCGGAAGAAACUGGCGCACCCUACUACACAUCACACCUGAGAACACCACCACACUCAGUCACCACACGACGACACGUCAUACCGCCAAGCAACAAAACGGAUGGUUCCAUAUCAGAGGAUCGACUUUCGUUUGUACACAGUGCCGCGUCAACACUACAUUCAAUACAGCGCGCUUCCUGCAUUCGCUUGCACAAUUCGACAGCUAAUUUGAUUCACAACGCUCCACCAAUCGACAUAAUUAUUGUCUACCUUUUAUUUUAACGAAAUUAUAACGAAUUAUUAUAAAACACUGUUCUUAUAUGACGGAAUAAAUCAAAACUUAUUACUUGUAUAAAAUAUAUCGAGAUACGGAGCUUUUCUUAAAAAUAAAGCGGCUUUAAUUAUAAAUCAGUAGUGUGUGAUCCUCCAUAAAUUGUGUAUCUAUUUAAACAAUAUGAUUCGGCCCCUUCAUCACGAUUAUACACCAUGUUAUACAUUAUUUCUUCGCAGGUUUCUUGCCAAAAACUCGCCUAUAAAAGAUUUAAGCGCCUGUUUCAUUUGUGUAACAUGAUUUUGUUUAAAAUCCUACAUAUCAGCUAUUACAGCAUAGGAACUAACAUUGGUGCGACGAUUCACAUC